CGUAGAAGUUGUGCUUCGCUAGACACAGACACACAAACACUGCACACUGGAGAAAGCAGGUUGGAAGCCAACAACCGCCAGGCACAAAUGCUGAGCCUGACCGUUUGACCAAGCGGGACCCUCCUCCAGCCAGCGAUGCUGCGCUCCUCCAGCCGCCCGUCAAAGACCCCGGUGCCCCCAGAGGACCUUUCGCUGCCCGAGGCCUACAACCUGCUGGCUGCCCUGAUGCAGUUCAUCGGGAUGGUCGUCCUCUGCGUGGCCAUCUACAUGCGGAAUUGGGUUUGGCUGGAGCCCGAUGAGACCCACCUCGGACCCCAGCCGGUGGCCUUCUACAGCUUCGGGAUACCCUACAAGGUGAACACCUCGAGGAACAGCUCAGAAUAUUUAUAUUUUUUCCAGAAGGACCGACAUGCGCUGAGUCUAAUUGUGAUCACGGUUUGCUUUCUGAAUCUCUGUUUUGGCGUCACAGCCUUUCUCCUGGAUUACCUGGAAUUCCAGAUGCUGGAGAAGUAUCGGAUUACGCUGGUCUCUUCCUUCCAUAUUUCCUCAGGGAUAUCCACCACGGUGCUCAUAGCGAUCUGCGUUUGGUGCUUUAAGAAGGGAAGCUGUGCUCAGCAAGCCAGGUUUGGGAUUGACAAACCAGCCUAAGGAAGAGAUCUCCGUCGGAGACGUCAUGCGACAUUCUGGCUACAUGGGAUCUCCGUGGCAGGAAAAGAAGCCAGGCCAAAGGAAGACAGGACAAAAUUGCUUGGGGGCUGCGAGUCGGGGGCACAUCUUUAGAAUCCAGCAUUUGCAGAGUUAUUAUCUUGGGAUCAACUCAGAGUGAUCCAGACAGACCUUCCUCUGCUUGCCCCAAAAUUUUUUUUUAAAAAAACAAAACCUUCAAAAUAAAGAUUAUUUUACUAUU